GCUCCUGGACACCAAAACUGGGAGUACGAUCUUGGCGCUCUGAAGACAUUUGCUUCUAGGGCUCCAAGCUACCUUCCUUCUUCACAUUCGGAAAACCACAUUUCUGUCCAUUACUCCCUGAUUCUCUGUAAUCCGAAGGCCCUGAACCCUAACAACCAUGUUGUCGGGGGAUAUACCGCCUAACCAGACCAUAUACAUCAAGAAUCUCAACGAGAAGGUCAAGAAAGAAGAAUUGAAGAGAUCCCUGUAUGCUUUGUUUUCUCAAUAUGGAAGAAUCCUUGAUGUCGUUGCCUUGAAGACACCGAGGCUUCGAGGGCAAGCAUGGGUUGCCUUUAGUGAAGUGACUGCAGCUAGCAAUGCUGUGCGGCAGAUGCAAAAUUUCCCAUUCUAUGAAAAACCUAUGCGAAUUCAAUAUGCCAAAACCAAAUCAGAUUGUGUUGCUAAAGCUGAUGGAACCUUUGUGCCAAGGGAGAAGAAAAAGAAGCAAGAGGAAAAAGCUGAAAAAAAGCGGCGUGCUGAAGAAGCACACCAAUCUGCGAUGCCCAAUGGAACAACUACUGAGAAUGGAGGUUCAAAUGCCACAUUCCGUCAUGCAAAUCCGAGUGCUACAGAAGCUACUCCAAACAACAUACUAUUUAUUGAGAAUUUGCCCCAUGAAACCUCUAGUAUGAUGUUGCAAGUUCUCUUCCAACAAUAUCCUGGAUUCAGGGAAGUCCGGAUGAUUGAAGCAAAGCCGGGUAUUGCUUUCGUUGAGUUUGAAGAUGAUGUUCAAUCCUCUAUGGCGAUGCAGGCUCUUCAAGGCUUUAAAAUUGACCCCCAACAUCCCAUGGCUAUCUCUUUCGCAAAGAAGUAACUCAACCUUUGUUCUACUGUUACUAGUUUGGAAUGUGUAGCAGGUUUAUGUUAAUGUCACCGCACAUAACAUGAGUCGUGGGUUUUUACGUAAAGUUCAGAUAUCCUUCCCCUCCUUCAAAGAGAAAGAAAGAAGGAAAACAUUGGGAGGUAGCCCACUGGAAAAAAAGGGACUUAAUGAGUUUUGCGGGCUAUGCUAAUUCCAGUUUCCAGGGGUAGCAAGAAAAUAGAUUUAUGUUAGGUCGUCAAAAAGGAAACAGAAAGAACUAAUCAAAGACCUUUUUUCUUUAAAUGUGUUCAUGUAUUUGUAGUAGUGGAAAACUAGCUUUUGAAAAGAGAACGGGGAGCUGAAAUUUAGGAGACGAUUUUGAUUGACUUUUGCAUAAAUAUUUCGUCCUCGACAAUCAAGUGUUCAUUUCUGUCAGUCCCAGGGACAGUGCUGCUUGGUGCGUGUGUUUUCUUCCAUUGGUCGAUUAUAAGCAAAAUUUGACCCAAACUUAGUUUCAAAGUUGUGUCUUUUACUGGAUCAACUGUGUAGCUAUUGCUUGUUUUUUCUUAUUAUUAUUCAAUGUGGGGCCAUUUUAUAUUUUA